AUGACUGGCAGCGCCCCACCGCUCCAGAUAUCGUCGACGAGGUUGAGCUGGCCGGCCAGCAGCAGACAUGGGCCUGAGGUACAGAAAAUUCCAGUGUCCGUUGCGGGCAGAAUGGCCAUACCAGAGGCAGGCGUAAUAAGUCCGCCAUGUGUGGCACUCGCAGCUGCAAACCCGCGGUCCCGCUUCACUUCGUUCCAAGAAGCAAACGAUGUCCUCUGCACCGAUUUCGCUCGGCCAAUAGAGUGUCAAAAUAGCAGCCAUCCUAUCAUGCUCAUGGGCCAUCAUGUUAGUCACGACAAAGGCAAUUUGAAGCACAAGGACCUCCAGUUGGACCUUGAGGCUCUCGGCACGUUAGGUCGUACGACUGGUACCCAGAUGAUCGUGAAGGAGGUCAAGUACUGCCACUAUCCCACGGAUAACAUUCAGUUGAACCGGCUGUUCAACAAGCUGUGCAUCGAGCACAAGCAUCUCCACACAGCGGCAAAUGAUGCCGCUCGAGCCCUGAUGCAAGUCGCGAAUGAGCUCGAAGCUCACAGCCAGAGCAACGUUGUGUCACUGAGUGGUGACCAGUUCUACUGUAGCAAGUGCGGCAGUGAUGCCCACGAGGGCACUACGUAUAUUUCCACCAACCUGAACUGCGCUAUUUGUUUGCCGGCAGACCGUGUCGCGGAGGCGAAGACGCACAUCAGCGUCCCCUGCCCUUGGACUGCCUUGGACCGCGCCUUGGCCCGUCGGGAACGGGAGCGACUGGACCAGCCUGCGAAGGAGACAGCAAAGGCGGCUAAGAAGAUAGAAGUCUUCAAGUACAAGCAGGGGGAGUUGUAG